UGCUUUUGUGUCCAGUAGUGAGCUUCUCUAGGGCUAAUUGAAGGGUCAUUUCACAGCCUGCCUGAACUCUGUUUCCUUUACAAUGACUGAUGGAAUGCCUAAGCUUCCAAGCAUUCAAGAAACUCUUUGGGAACGCACCCCUUUCCCGACGUCUUCACACAGAGAACAAAGCAAGAGGAGUUUUUCAGCACGUCGGGGAGAGAGCAGGAGCUACAUGUGAACUGUGGCAGAGACUCCCUGGUUACCAGCUCUCAUGCUGCAGGCACUACAGAAUGUGUCAUUAAAUGUGAAGGCAGGAGGCAUGUGAAGAGGUACAAGAAUUUAAGGUUUAUCUGAAGUAAGGGAACAUCUCUCAGCUACUCGCUCUUUACAAAGCCAAGACAUUUGCACCAACCAGCCAGUGGGAAAACUGACCACUGAACUGAUUGUACCGAGCAUCUACAUUUCCAGCAGGGACACAACUGGGAGAUCAUUGCCUGAGUUGAACACUGUGAAGAGCAACUUAGAGCUUAUUUUUCCUCAGUUGAUUGUAAAGGGCAGGUAAGUGCUCACUACAGAGCACUGUUUAAAGUCCUGCCCUCAGGGUUGGGGGUUGUUCAGUAGCAGGAAACCGUGGGUGUUUUAAGUGUGAAGUCAAAACCAAGAUGCACCUCUGGAGAGAAAUCUCCCCCCACCCUCCAUCACAUUCAUUAUCAUACUAAACUGAAAGCCGCACAUUGCUAAACUGCCUUCAGUAAACAGCUGGUGUAGCUGGAAGAAAAGAAGGCAGUUGUGGCUUACAGCACUUUGGGUCUUGCUCUCAUCAGUGAGACAAUAGAGAACAAGUAAAAAGACCCUUGAAAAUGCCAUGGAUAUGUCUCCUAACUGCAUUGCUCUUUCUUCUGCACCUCCCGUGCUUCCCUGGCCAGAACGGUGGAGAAAAUGAAGAGUCAACAGACAUUAUCAGUGUUCACGAAGGAGAAACCAUCAGCAUAACUUGUUCAAUUAAAGGUUCAGAAAAUGAAGUGGGAACAUACUUGACAACUAGCAUACAGCCUGUCAAUGUGGUAUAUGUUUCCAAGCAGAAUACUUCAUAUAUCCUUCCUGCUUUGGCUAACCGCACCAAGUACUCAAAGGAAGGAAGCAAUCUCAGGAUAACUCUGCACAAUGUACAGGAAUCGGAUUCUAAUAUCUAUCAAUGCAGUACAUAUGUAAAAACCAAAAGCUAUCACAAAAAGCUGUUUGGGAAGACAACCAUAGUAGUGGUAAAAGGUAAACCCAGUGGGAUUGUGGAACAGGCACCGCUGUAUGUGAAUCCUCAGCAAGGCCAAUCUGUCAGCAUUACCUGUGCGUUGAAAGCCUCACGUGAAGAUGAAAGGAUCUACUACUUGCUCAAAACUCACGUGCAGCCUGAACCAGUGCUGUAUGUUUCGAGUCAGAAUACUUCCACUGUUUUUCCUGCUUUUGCCAAUCGCUUGGAGUAUUCGAAGGAAGGGGAGAAAAUCGUGAUAACUCUACACAACCUAUGGAGAAAUGACAGUGACAUAUAUGUAUGUGCUGGAGUGGUGAAAAACUCCUCUUUCCUCUCAGUGAAUAGAAGUGGCACCAUGAUGCUGAUUAAAGAAGGAGAGCAGGCAGACUGCGAGAAAUGUUCCUGGCUCAUCUAUGUUCUUAUCACCAUGGUCACUCUCCUGUUUUCCGUGCUGAUGUGCUGCACCUUGUACCGUGUUGAUGUGAAGAAGUAUUUCCAGAACAACCCCCCAAAUACAGUGUAUGAAGACAUGUCUUACAGUGUUAGACAACACACCUCGCGGACAACCAACGCUUACUCCAUUGACAAUUAAGCUUCUGCCAGCUGGGACCAUGCAUGGAUCAACCAUUCCUUUACAGGUCUCCCUCAGAGCUGCCUUAGCAACCUGAUGUGGUAGCUGAACUGAAAAAAUGCUGUCACUUACCUUCUUCAGAGGAAAGAAAAACCUGCCUCAUUUCCAAAGCUUUUUCUGGUUUUUGAUCAUUUGUAAUUUCGGGGUUUUUUUGGUUAAUGUAUAUAAAAUGUACAGAAAUGCAGGUACCCUGCACAUGUGUUUGCAGUUUAGGAUGGAAUGCAGUGUUUUUUGGACUAUACUUUCUGGCUGGAGGCAACAUAUGGACUCAUUUCUUUGACUGAUCAAUAACCUUUUCAGGGAAGGUGGGAUAGAUGAUGGAGAGGUCUGGCUCUGAGCUUUGUAACUGCUCAGAAAGACUGUAAGAUGCAAUGGAUCCACAUAUGCACGGAUUGUAGUUCUUUUGUGAAUCCUCAUGGGUCUGCCGGAGAGCUCAGGUAGUGAAAACUACUCAAGAGUUACAGCAGAGAAAUCUGUUCUCAAGAGACCUCAGACACGUUGUGGCAGAGCGUGGUACGAAUGAGGUGCUGCCUGUGUGGGAGAUGCUUACGCAGAGAACAU